UCUUAUCCAAGUCUGAGUAGAGGAAAUCAAAGUACCGGAGAACAGGGAGGCAGCACACACUCACAUAGGCCGUACCUCAGUUAUCUCCAUCGUCUGAAGGUUUGUCAGCAGAGAAAAUGAACCAGUGUUUGCAGGGGAUGCUGUUUCUGUCGGUUCUGGUGGCGUUCGCCGCCUGCAACGCUCCUCCGGUACCGUUAGACGACAUCCUCAUUGAGAAAACUUUCGUGCCAGAGGAGUGUGUGCGCGCAGUCAAAGUGGGGGAUUAUGUCAGGUAUCACUACAACGGCGUGUUUCCGGACGGCAAGAAGUUCGACUCGAGUUACGACCGUGGCAGCACCUACAACGUGUUUGUGGGCAAGAAGCAGCUGAUCGAAGGGAUGGACAAAGCUCUGGUGGGGAUGUGUGUCAACGAGAGACGCCUGGUCAAGAUCCCACCUCACCUCGCAUACGGAAAAAAGGGAUACGGUGACAUCAUCCCCCCUGACUCCAUCCUCCACUUUGAUGUCCUGCUCCUUGACGUGUGGAACCCAGAGGAUGGCGUCCAGAUCAAAACCUACCACACCCCCCCCACCUGCUCCAGAAAAGUGGAGGUGUCUGACUACGUUCGCUACCACUAUAACGGCACACUGCUGGACGGGACACUGUUUGAUUCCAGCCACACCCGCAUGCGUACCUAUGACACAUACGUUGGGAUCGGGUGGCUGAUCGCUGGUAUGGAUCAGGGCCUUCUGGGGAUGUGUGUUGGAGAGAGACGCAUCAUCACUAUGCCACCAUCACUUGGAUAUGGAGAGAAUGGAGACGGUAGCGACAUCCCAGGACAGGCAUCUCUUGUGUUUGAUGUCGUACUUCUGGACCUCCACAACCCCAGAGAUGGGAUCACAGUGACCAAUCAGGUGGUGCCCGAGCCCUGCACGAGGAAGACCGUCGCUGGAGACUUUGUACGCUACCACUACAACGGCAGCCUCCUUGAUGGAACAUUUUUUGAUUCCAGCUACUCUCGUAAUCGCACCUAUGACACCUAUGUGGGACAAGGCUACGUGAUUGCCGGCAUGGAUGAAGGUCUGAUUGGAGUCUGUGUCGGAGAGAGGCGCACCGUCAUCAUCCCCCCACAUCUCGGCUAUGGAGAGGAGGGCACAGGCUCUAAGAUCCCUGGCUCAGCUGUGCUGGUGUUUGAUGUUCACAUCAUCGACUUCCACAACCCAUCAGACAGCACUGUGGUGACCGUAAUUCACAUGCCAGACAGGUGUGAUAAGCAAACCAAGAAGGGAGACUUUGUCAAGUAUCACUACAAUGCCUCUCUGAUGGACGGCUCAUCCAUCGACUCUACGUAUAAUUAUGGAAAGACAUACAACAUCGUCCUGGGAGCCAACCAGAUAGUCCCAGGGAUGGAGGAUGGACUGAUGGACAUGUGUGUAGGAGAGAAAAGACACCUUGUUAUUCCUCCUCACCUGGGCUAUGGGGAGAGAGGAGUCACUGGGGAAGUUCCAGGGAGUGCUGUGCUGGUGUUUGACAUCGAGCUUGUAGAGAUGGAGGAAGGACUCCCUGAAGGCUACAUGUUCAUCUGGAAUGAGGAUGUAUCACCCGACCUCUUCACUGAGAUGGACACAGAUAAGGACAAGCAGGUGGAGCCCUCUGAGUUUACUGACUACAUCAUGAAGCAGGUGAGCGAGGGUAAAGGCCGCCUGGCUCCCGGCUUCGAUCCUUAUCGCAUCAUCGAAAACAUGUUCUCCAACCAGGACCGUAAUGGAGACGGAAAGAUCACAGAGGCAGAGUUCAAACUAAAAGCAGACGAAGCCACCACUCACGAUGAGCUAUGACGGGGCUGAGUGUAAAACUCAGAUCAGGGUGAAGGCUGAAGGGUCAGACAGCGGGGUUGUUAUACAUAUGUGGGUGGUAGAGUAGAAAAUGAUGGGGUUGUGUGUGUAAAGUGAGUGGGUGUGAAGCGAGAGAGAUUUUGUUUUAUUUUUAUUUUGAAGAUUUAGAUGAUGGUCAAAGGGCGUCUUGUCCUUUAGAGAGAUAGUUCAUAUUUUUUGAAGUGGGGUUGUAUGAGGCACCUAUCCAUAGUUAGUGUGUUACAUAGAGUAGCUGUCAGUGGGCACGCUCCCAGUUUGGAGAAGCAGACAGGGAUACCCCUCAUAUGUCCCUCAUACAACCCCACUUCAAAAAAACCUGAACUAUGCCUUUAGGAGCCAAAUGAGUCUGAGAAGAAGAAAGAGGGCGAUUUAGGAGUGAGAUUAUAUUGAGAUCUAAAUACUGGGAAGAAAACAGGGUCUAAGAUGACAGCGAAUGACCUUUUUUUUACCUCCUCUCCCAUCAAGUUGUUGUCUUGUUUUAUGUGACUUUUUUUAUUUGAAGGGUACAAAAGCACUCAUGUGUGUAAGAACAAAUUAAUGCCUCACUCCACCAUCUCUUUAUUCAUCACUCCCUCGUGACAUUUAUUGUUGUUAACAUUUUGUGGUUGUUUUCUUUUCACUGGGUAUCAGCUCAUCUCUGAAAUAUCUGACAGUCUUCCAGGAGCAAUGAGUCGGCCAUCAUUCACUGUCAUAUGCUGUGAUAGAGGGAAGUUGUUUCUGAGAGUUACAACUUGUGUAUUGAUUUAAAAAAAAGUGAUUAUUUUAAGUGAGACCUUCAACUAAGAAUGACAUUUUAUUUACACAGUUUACAGCUGACACCUUUCACUGUUUUACCUUUAAAUGUCAGGGUGCCUUCUGUGUCUUCUGCUGUUCAAACCACCCAAGAUAACGCUGAAACUGCUUUUAUAGGGCUGAUUGUGUAUGUGCAGAGUGGUGACGUCUAUGUGUGUGGCAGAAAUCCCCUUAAUAAUGGCCUGUGAUUUGAGACCCUGGGGUUGCAGUCACUUUCGGUCAUCUAGUCUUUUCAUCGCUUGUUUGUUUACCUGUGUGUGAGAGAGAGAGGGAGUGAGAGAAUUGUGUAUGAAUGUUGUUUUUGUUUUACUUUUUUAUUCAGGAGAAUACUGAGGCUUAAUGAUGACAAUGUCAACACAAAGUUUAAUGAUUAAAUCCCCUGACCUAAA